GCUUUCAAUCAUUCACAUGUUUGGGUCAGCAGUAGUGUCAAGGGAAAUUGAAAAACUGAAGCAAAGCACCUUAAUACGAACUAAAAUUUCAGCACAACCACAUCGAAGAGCUUCCACGUUCAGCAUUCGGCAAGCUUCCAGUAGUUUUCGAAUUGCACCUCGCCCACAAUUUAUUGUCAAACAUCAGCGUUAGGGCGUUUGACGGACUUCUCCAGCUGAUCAACUUGAAUAUGUCAAACAACAAGAUCGCACACAUUCCAAACGGCGCACUGCAAGGACUCGUAUCAUUGCGAACCUUAGACCUUUCCGGCAACGAGCUAGAAAAGCUCGAUAAUAAAACGCACGGCUUGUUGGAUGACUGCUUCUCUAUUGAAAGGGUGAAUCUCAGUAAUAAUAAAAUAACCUUUAUAUCCCGAAAGAUGUUUCCAAGUAAUCCGUACAUACCUUACAACUUGAAAAACAUAGAUCUCUCCUACAAUAACGUGCCACUCGUGACUUACGAUUUUGUCUUUGGAACUUCGAAAGUGGAAACGUUAAACCUAACGCAUAAUUCAAUCGCGGAUAUUAGGCGAUAUGUUCUAGGUAACCUCACAAGUUUAAGGACGUUGGAUUUGUCCUUUAAUCUCUUGGAGGAUAUUACGAGCGAUCCCGAUGUGUUCAUACUUCCCAAAAGUAUAUCGGAAAUAAAUCUGUCGCACAACAUGCUGAACGAGCUACCCUGGAGGGAAGUAAUAAAAGUUGAAAAUCUCACGACUUUGGAUCUACAGCACAACAAUUUCACGGUGUUUACCAAAGAAAUGAAUACUUUGGUCAACAACAAAACCAGAAUUCUUCUUAAGGGAAAUGCUCUUACUUGCGAUUGUUUUGCCCGACCAAUGCGAAGAUAUUUCGAUACGCUGCUCGAGGUUCCACAGUUUUACAAGGACGUUAUUUGUAGUGAACCCGAGUAUAUAAAUGGAAAGCCGCUGUUUGAAGUGUGGGACGAUGGCUUGUUUUGUCCGAAGGAUGUUAAUCUGACGAAAAGUGAACAAAACGAGUAUGAAGUUGCUGCAGAUGUUAAAAUACGCGAUUUAAAGAUGAUAAAAGAUGACCUAACGGUAUCGUGGAGCGUUAUCAAGAACGAAGACAUUGCAGAUCCCUACGUUGUUAUCAGGGGAAUAAAAAACGCGAAAGAUGCAUUGUACGCUAAAACACUGCCAUAUUUUCAAAGGAAAUUGGAACUAAAUAUAUUUAAAGAAAACCUAGCGAAAAUCAAGAGUUCCAGGCGCGAUUACGAAAUAUGUGUUGUAGCGAGGAAUAGUUUGGAUAAUGUUAGGAAUUUUUUCCAAAAUCAAUGUCGCGGACUUGACACGACAAAUGGAACUGCGAGAUAUGUUUCCUGGAAUAUUUAUUUUAUUUUUGUUUUGUUGCUUGUAAAUUAUUUAUUUUAAUAAAUUGUUGUCUUUUA